ACCCAUCCCAUUUUCCUCCCUAUUACCCCAUUGGGAAAAAUAGGUGACAGCCAUUCCCACUUCACAAAGGAGGAAAUAGGGUUAAGGAGUUAAAUAACCCACUGGAGGCACUGGCCUUGAGCCCUAGUAUUCUCCCUGGGAAUCUGGAUGACAUACUAAAUGCCCUAGCAGAACACUGCUGGGAAGGGCAGUAGUGGUGAUGGCCCUAAUAGCACAGAGCUCUGAGGAGGGACCCAGCAAGGAGGUACUGUCACACAGGCUAUCAUACAAUCCAGAUGGGAAGCAGAUGAUUAACAGUGGAUGCCCAGAUAAAGCUGACAAACAUUGGGAUGCUGCCUUCACUUGGGACUGAUCACUAAAGGAUCCAGAAGGGGAAUCCGAGCCCUGGGGAGGCUGGUGCAGGGAUUCUGAGGGCCUGGUUGGCUUUGACAGGUUUCAGAGUGGGCCAGUGGCUGAUCAGAUGGCGUUGGGCGCAGAUGCUGGAAAGACAAGGCCAACUAAUCGCCGGGGCCUGAGAGUAAGUGGAAGGAGAAAAAUACAACUCCCAUAAACCCCUGCUCCUCCGCCCAGUGAAGGAUAGUUGCCAUGGUUUCAGAAAACAAUAUGGCUGCUCCCAGCUGGGAGGAGAGUCUCCGGAUUAGAGAGGCAGAGGCAGGUCUGGUCGCCCUCAGUCGCGAAAGAAGAGGCUCCUGAGGGAUCGUGAGGUUGGGGCUGGACGCUGCACGGCUGGAACGGUCUGGCCUUGCCGAGGGUGCCAAUGGCGGGCACCGUGGAUGAGGAGGCGCUGCACCAGCUGUACCUGUGGGUAGACAACAUCCCUCUGUCUCGGCCCAAGCGAAAUCUCUCCAGGGACUUCAGUGACGGAGUCCUGGUCGCAGAAGUCAUCAAGUUUUACUUCCCGAAGAUGGUGGAGAUGCAUAAUUAUGUCCCUGCCAACUCUCUCCAACAGAAGCUCAGCAACUGGGGUCACCUAAACAGGAAGGUGCUGAACAAACUGAACUUCUCGGUACCCGAGGACGUGAUGCGCAAGAUCGCGCAGUGCGCGCCGGGCGUGGUGGAGUUGGUGCUCCUUCCGCUGAGGCAGCGCCUGGAGGAGCGGCAGAGGCUCAGGAAGCAGCGCUCGAGCUCCUUACAGGAGCUGGCUCCCCAGGAUGGCACCGGCUACAUGGAUGUGGGUUUGUCCCAGAAGGCCCGAGGGGAAGGUGCCCCGGACUCCCAGGGAGCGGGGCAGCUCAGGGGGGGCCGGGUGCCCGCGCCCAGGCCUCCAGGAUAUAGCCAGGCAGUGCAGGGCGACCCAAGCUUCGUCCUCCAGAUCGCAGAAAAAGAGCAGGAGCUGUUGGCCUCACAGGAGACUGUGCAGGUCCUGCAGAUGAAGGUGAGGCGCUUGGAGCACUUGCUUCAGCUCAAGAAUGUGCGCAUCGAGGACCUCUCCCGGCGGCUCCAGCAGGCAGAGCGUAAGCAGCGGUGAGCGGCGGCCCCGGGGCCGCGCGGGGACGCCCCAGUACCCGCCAGAGCCCAGACACCGCGACGACGCACCCACCCACGCACCCACGGACCUACUGACUGACGAAUGGGCGGGCGGAGCCAGCAGCUCCAAUGAGCCUCCUGGAGGGCCAGCGCGCCCCUCCCUUGGGAUGGGGGCGAGUAUGGGGGGUAGGGGCAGUGAGGCAGGCGCCUUCAGAGCAGCGCCCCUGGACUGAGUCACCUCCUUCUACUCCACCCGGGUCAGGAGAAUGGACCGCUUUCCAGAACCCAGAAGCCACGUGCAGAGACCUCGCAUGCUCCCCAAAGCAGUGCCCAACACCAGGGGCUCCUCCUUGGGGCUCCCAGCUCUGGGCCUUGGGGGGCGGUCCCCUGGCUCGGUUCACACCCCUAGAAACAGGUCCCAGCUCAGCUCUGAGGACAGCGGUGUCUCCAUCCAGGCUAGUUCUCUGUGUUCUGGGCUGUGGGGGAAGCUGUCCCAGGCAGCUGAGGGAGACCCCCACCUCUCCUGGGAGCUCACCUAGGACCCAACUCGAGGAUGGAGAACACAGCAGCUGGAGAAGAAGGGGUGAGGAGCGGGUUCAGCCAGGAGUGGGGAAGACAUGGGCUGUGUCUGUCCCAAUCAUCCUCCCCUCCUGUGGGGGGACCCCUGAGAAUGCUUGGGAGAUACGGGAUCACACUGCUCCCAUUAAAGAAGCUGUGCUAUCUUUCCUGAGACUGCCUUCUCUCUCCGUCCCGAUUUCUUGCCCCUCUUAAUGCUGUGCUCCACCACCACCCCCCUUUGAGUGAAAGAGCCCUGUAGGCCCAGAGUGGCUCUCACCUUGUGAGCACCUGGGCCCUGGGUGGCCACUGCCUGGUAAGUUGAUGAUACCACAGGGGUCAGAUCUUGUGCACUAGAACAGCCUGCCUUCCAAGUCUGGCCUUAGACUGACCUCCAAACCCACCCUCACAGUAUCUUCCAACACUGUCCAAACCCAACUCCAAACCCAGUCUUCACAUUCUCCCCAAAUGUAACCACACCCUCACCCUCAACCCUGCCGAUGGACUGACCCCUAAAUCUGUCCUCUGUAUGGCUCCCAACCCUGCUAACAGACUGAUCCCUAGUUCUAUGCACUCAAGCCAAGCUUGACUCUCAAACCCGACCAACGCCCUUGGCCAUGAUGUGACCCUAACUCUGAUAAUUUACUGACUACUAGUAACAUUCUGAGACCCCACGAUUCUAGUCCUACACAUAUACUCAGCAUCUACCGAGGGGAAACUUAAGCUCUUGUGUCCUCCAUUCUGUGACAUCUGUACAGCAAUGUUCAUAGCGACGUUCUCUGUUAACAGAAAAUAAUUGAAAAGAACUUGUAUUCGUGUCUAUCACGUGUAAGAAAUUUCCACAAACUUAGUGGCUUCAAACAGCACACGUUUAUUAUCUCCUGUUUUCUGUGGGUUGAGAGUCCAGUAAUGGGCGAGCUGGGUGCUGUGCUUCACAGUUUCUCCUAAGGCUGCAGUCAAAGUGUGGGCUAGAGCUGUGGUUUCCUCCGAAGUCUUGACUGGGGAAGGUUUCACUUGGUUGUUGACAGAGGUCAGUUCCCUGUGGGCUGUUGAACUGAGGGUUUCACUUUCUUGCUGGUUGUUGGCUGGCGCUGCCCUCCUUUCCUUCCCCUGUGGUCACAUCCAGUAAGCAUGCUAGCUUACUUCACCAAAGCCAGCAAAGGAGAGAGUUAACAGAGUCGGCUGGCAAGAUGGCAGUUACAGUCUUGUCUGAUGUAAUCAGAGAAGUGACGUCCAUCAUGUGUGUUGUAUCCUAUUUAUUAGAAGUAAGUCAUGAGGUCCAGUCCACAUUCAAGGGGAGAGGAACACGUGGGUGUGAAUACCGGGAGACAGGCAUCACUGGGAGCCAUUUUAGAACCCGUCUACCACAAGGGGGAAAAGCAAUAAAAGGAUAAAAGCUAGGGUAGUGGUUACCUCUGAGAGGGGCAGAGAGCAGAGAUGCAAGAGGCACAUGAUUUAUUUGUGAUGUUUUAGUCCUUGGGCACGUGGUGGGUUUGCAAGUGUUCACAGUGGGCUGUUUACGGACAAGCAGGAGAGAGUGUCAUGAACUAAGGAGUAUGUGCAGUCCAAUUCUGUUCACCUGAGUUCCUCAAAUAAUAAAUAAACAUAAAAAUUGAUGACUACUCCUGACCUUGGUCUGAGCCUCUCCCCUGCACUCAGCCUGGUCUUAGGUUAACACUGGCUUCAGCCUGAUCUUCUACCUUCCCCAAAUUAACCACCAGCCCUCGCACAUAUUGACCCCAGCUCUAGCACUGUUAUCUUGCUAUUGUCUGCAUUGUGUUUCUAGAGUUCUGUUCUCUGAAUCCAUCAUCAUGAACCACACCUGUAAACUCCUGUGUGUGGAGCUGGUAGGAUUGGUUUGUAGAGGGGCUUGGGGACCAGGAAGUGGGGUAGGGCAUGGUUCCCCCUGACAGGAGCACAGUGGGCCCAGAAUACAGGUUUGGUGGCAGGGGUCACCCUCUCAAGAGUCUGCUAGCUCCCUCCAUGUCAGAGGCUGGGCCAAGUCCUGGUGGUUCCUCUUCCUUGAGUUCCUCCCCUGACCCCAGCUAUUCCUAGUAUCCAGAUAUGCCUGAAUCUAAAAUCGUAUUUGAAACCCUACAAAUUAAAUCCUCAAAACAAUGGAGAAUUUUAUUGAACGUUUCUUGGGAAUAAAUAUGAAAGUGGGUUACAUCACACAUUAUAAUCCUAUAACUCUUCCUGAAACAUCUCUCUUAUUCCCCAAACUUCCCCUCUGACAGCCAUUGCCAUAUUUCUCCCCCUCUGAUCCUCACACUCCU